GCCAGUGCCCUCCCUCUGGCACUCAGCCCCGUAUGGCCGCUCAGGCGCCAUGGCCGAGCUGCACGCUGUGGCCGGGUUGGAGGAGGACCUGACCUGUCCCAUCUGCCUGGGCAUUUACAGCAACCCCGUGUCCCUGAGUUGUGGUCACAGCUUCUGCAAGGCGUGCAUCCAGGCGGCGCGCCGCCACCAGCACGGCCGGCAGGGCGCGUUGUGCUGCCCGCUGUGCCACACCCAGGCACACCCCGCCAGGGAGCUGCAGCCCAACAUCCAGCUCCGCAGCAUAGCGCAGAAGUUUUUGGAUGCUCCUGCUCAUCAAGAGGAGGAAAAGCGUGAAGUGCAAUGCGAAGAGAAGGGGGAAAGUUUGGGCCAGCAAAACAAGGUGAUCCUGUGUGAUUUCUGCCUUCAGGAGCCCCAGCCAGCCGUGAAGACCUGCCUGAGCUGCGAGGCCUCCCUGUGCCAAGCCCACCUGAGCAAGCACGGCACAAAGAGCCCCCUGAAAGACCAUGUUCUGAUAGAGCCCUGUGAUGCUCAGGUUUUGGCCGAGAGGAGAUGCCCCCAGCACGGCAAACUGCUGGAGUGCUACUGCAGGACGGACUCGGUCUGUGUCUGUGUGCUGUGCUGUGUCACCAGCUCCCACAAGAACCACAAGAUCACCACUUUGGAGGAGGCUUUUGGCCAAGCGCAGAGUGUUUUUCCUGAAACUCUGAAAAGAGCGAAAACACACGAAGCUGCGCUGAAUCAAAGCAUAGCAAACCUGCUGAAACAAGAGGAGGAAGUCAAGACUAAGGAGAGCCUGCGGAGGAAUCGGUUGGAGAGCCUCUUUGAAGAGAUGUGUCUGCAGCUAAAUAACAAAAAAGGAGAGGUCCUGAAAGCUCUCAGUCACAAUGAGGAGCAACAGCUUUCUGAGAUUCAGAUGGAGAUACAAAACCAGAAAGAGAUGAAGGAUGCAGCCAGCCGUGAGGUACAGGAGCUGGAGGCGCUGAGAGAUCAGAAAGACCUACUUCUUUUCACCAAGGCUUUUGCAGCGAUUCGAGCCAGGAAACACAGGCCAGUUCCUAACAAUGAUGGUGUACAACUGCCAAUGCCACCCAUUAUUUUGGAUGAAUUAACAACAGACGCUACUCUACGGCUUUUCCGGCAAUUCCUGUCAGACAUACAGUCCUUAUUUAAAGCACCACCUGUUCAUGAACAUCUGACGUUUUCAAUGCAUCAAGAAAUCCUGUUUGCUUACAGUGCCAACGUAGUCGUUCCAUUCACACACCCAACUUUCCAGUUUGGGGUGCCAAAUACAAUCAGUGCCACCGAACAUGUAACGAGCAACCAGUGCUUCUCGGAGGGCUGUCACUUCUGGGAGGUGGACACCAGCGAUGCGAGGUGCUGGAAGCUCGGAAUCAUUCAUUGCCAAUUUGAGUGCUACCUGCAAACGUCUUCUGAUUCCCUUCGUGUGUUCAUAGGUCAAACAAUGAUCACAGCAAAGAACUUUCCUCCAGCCCUCAAAGUGGUCAGGGUAGAGCUAGACUGUGGAAGAAAUACACUGUCAUUUUAUAAUGCAUCUGUCAAGGAUGGAGAUCCUGCUGAGAGCCUCAGGCUUAUAGAGACAGUAAGCAUCCCUUCAAACUAUCCUGUCUACGCUACCUUUGGUGUGUCUGACGGCUCUUUGAAGCUCCUGUAGUGAUGCAGGGACAAGGUGCUGUUUUGUAUUUCCAGGCCUAGGUAUCGGGACUGCUGCUGUGCAGAGGCUGUGCUAAGCUGGCAUAUUAGAAAUUGGAUUUUGGGCUGCUGUGACGGCUCAUCUGUGUGAGGACGAGGCCUCUGUGGGGUAUAUCACAGCACACUGUCACUUACUGCAAGAGCUCCUAUCUUAUUUGUUCUGUUAAUCACGAUGGAAAUAUCAUUAAGUUGCGCAUUUUUGCUCGGCUGUAUCAAAUGCUGUGUUGGCUGCAUGUUAUUAAAGUAAUUUAGUUUGCAAAACUCAGUGGCAAUUUAGUUUAUAAAAAAGUUGACAGCACAACAUUAACUGCUACAGAAGUAAGCAGCAGCAAUGCUGAUCUUUGCUCUAACACAUCAGCUUUUACCUCUGCCCUCCUCUGCCCAUCCUGCAUGACCAUCCAUUGCAGAAGCAAAGCUGGCCUGGCAGGUGAGUAGAGACUAGGCAGUAAGACACCUGGUUUCCCUUGCUCUCUGCUGCUGUCGUCCCCUGUGAGCUCUCUGAUAGAUCAUUAUUAUUAUUGUUAGUAUUAUAUUUUACUUUAGUAAUUAAACUGUCCUUA